GUCCAAGCUUCAUUCAAAGAAGCGCCAUCGAAAAGUAGACAGCCCAUUCUUUUCUGUAGUAAGCUCCCCAGCCAGAUGGAAGCUUGCUGUUACAGGAGAUUGCCGCGCAAGGCAAUAUCAAAACAACUAGAAAGUUGUAUUAUACAAGAAGAAAUAUGAUAAAGAAUGAGAGGAAAAACAAAACAAGUACCUUCAAAAUGCACAGGAAGACGCAGCAAGCAGGCGUAAAUGGAAAACAAAGGCUAUGAACUGCGAUAAGCGUAUAAAUACAUCUAUACAAGCUUUAUCAAUUGAUGCAAGUUUGAUAACCUGACGCUUUAAUUGAAAAGCCACUUACAGAGAGUAUAUGCAUUUUAGCUUACCAUGGUCAAUCAGACUGCUCAAACAAGCGAUGCGACUGAUGCUGACAAUAAAGUGUCUUUAGACAUAGAAGCUGAUACCAAUCCUGCCGCGGCCCAGCAGCUAACGAUAUUAGAAGAUGAGAGCAUCGAGCAGAAAGCUGACAUUACUAGAAGACGGUUAAACCGUCUAAAAUCAACUAUAAGGCAAAUAAUAUUUAAAGUAAUUUGAUAGAACUGCUGCCGCCAGCAUUUUAAGAGCGCACUUCUGGAGAUCACAGCUGCAGAGUUGGAUGCUUAUGUGCUAAUAACAAAUUUUUUAAUGCCACAUCUACCACCUGGGAACAGGCAACAUCAUAUCAUUUACCAGUUGCCGUUUUUUUUUUAUGGCCGAUGACCUCCUUCGAAGCUGUGGAUACAGUAGGUUUGCUGUAAUAUUGACGCCAUUAAUCAC